UGUCAUCCAGAGAGGCAGACAACAUAUGAAGCUCAUUAGCAUCAUCUACCUCAGAGUUGGUCCUCCAAAAGGCCGUGGUGUAGAUCCUGUUUUCUUCAACACAGUGGACUCUGCAGCAGAGGUACCUGACUCACAACAGGACCCUCUUACAGGCACAGAUCACAAAAUCAUCACAGUUGAGUCUGGACAGGACGUCACUCUGACAUGUCGAGCUCAAGCCCACAUUGUCAUAGUUGUAGAGUGGAGCAGAACUGACCUGGAAGAUGAAGAACUUGUCCUUUUAUAUCAGCAUGGACGACUUGUUCCAGAUUACCAGCAUCCAUCUUUUGAGAACCGGGUGGAUCUGAAGGACAGACAGAUAGCUGAUGGAGACGUGUCUUUGAUUCUGAAGAAUGUGAGACAAGAUGAUGCUGGAACAUACGAGUGUCGUGUCAUCCAGAGAGCUGGAAAACCUUUGAAGCUCAUCAGCAUCAUCAACCUGAGAGUUGGUUCUCCAACAGGCCGUGGUUCAUUCAACACAGUGGAUGAUGCAGCAGAGAUACCUGACUCAAAACAGGACACUCUUCCAGGGCCAGUGAAUAACACCUCUCCUCCAGCUACAGAUAUCUGUUGGUGUGCUUCAGUAUUUUCAUUCAGCAAACCAGCCUAUGAAAUGAAAGAAACAAAUCCUGACUGGGUUCCAACACUACACACGGGGCACUACGAAAUCCCUGCUUCAAACUACAUUCUACAUACCACCAUGCCAAUCAGAUUACUUCUUCCAUGUGUGGGUAAAAAGGUGACCCUCCUGGAUAAGAUGGCAAAGGUUUGCUGCGUUUUGGUGAACAUGUGCCCCAGUGUGGUAGUAAAACCAGGGAAAAAUGCUCUUGUUAAAUACUCUUAAGUCUUGUGCUGUUUAUGUAGUGAUAUGUUUUCAAAACAGACAGUAAAUUACAGAAUGCUAGUAGUAGGUGAUAUUAUUUAAAUGCUGUCAUGAUUUUAUGUAAACAUUUUAUGUAAACAUUUUGUGCA